AGCUAAGGUUAGGCCUUCUAUCGUUCAAAGCUCCAGCUGUGCAGAGACACUACUAGUUCAGCAAAACCAUCUACCGAACGCCAACCACAUACCAGCAGCUCCCUUGACGCGACGAUGGCAGACGUUGCAGACAUCCUGCCUCAGCUGGAGCAGCUGGAUGGCGAGAUUGACGACCUCGAGGAUGUCCUCGAACCUCUACUUGGCAGCCUAGCAGACGUCGCGGCCAAGCUGCCUCUCUUAGACAAGGCCAAGCUCUACGUACUUGCCACAUACUCAAUCGAGUCAAUGCUCUUUUCUGCCCUGCGGCUCAACAGCGUAGACGCAAAGGAACAUCCUGUGUUCAAGGAGCUCACGCGUGUCCGCCAGUACUUUGAGAAGAUCAAGAACAUUGAGAACCCGCCACAAAAGCCAGACAUGAAGCUCGACAAGCAAGCGGCGAUCCGCUUCAUCAGGGCAGACCUGGCCGACAACAGCGAGGUAAACACCCAGCUCACAGAGAUGAUUGCAAAGGAGCGGGCCAAGGCCGCUCUCCAGGCGCGGCAGCAGAAGGGCGAGAAGCGCAAAGCCGGCGAUCCGCUGCAGUCCACCGAGGCAUCCGGCGAGGAGGGUGCCGAGGAUAGCAAGGCCGAGAGCGAGCCAGCCGCCAAGAAGUCGAAGAAGAGCAAGAAGAAUAAGGACAAGAAGAAGUCAAAGGAAGGGAAAAGCGCGAAAUGAGGCAGUCGUUGUCUCGAGGUACAUAUCCAGUCACGCUUCCACAACCGCCUAUGGGCAAGGGGGCAUCCCACAAGUUAGGACAUUGCCAUCUUGUCUCGCCACGCCGCUCUCCUGGGGCCUGAAACGCAGCACACGCGCGCGCGGUGUUGCAGCCCCUCUCGAUCAAUAAAGGUCAGCGCCUCGAGCCC